AUGCCCUCUAAAGAUACAAAUAUAUCCCCAUCCAUACGCCAGAUUCUCAGCAUACCAUCUACCACUGCCCUCGAAACAUUCGACGCCUGGAACUCCGUGUCAACAGGCCAUCAGCGCGCAGAGGUAAAGCAAACUAAUUCCUCGGGCUGGAGCCAAGUGAGGAGCCAGAAACUAUCAGCACAGUACGGCAGGGGGGGAAACCACGCUGCUAAAACCGGCAAAUGGGCAUGGCUGGAUAAAGAUGGACGCAAGAAACGUGGACCAUUGAAUGAUGGGAACGGAGAUAUUCGCCAUCUGAUGGGCGGUGUUAAGAAGAGGAAGAUUGAAGAUGAUGAGCUUGUGAAGCGGUUGAGUAUGAAGCAGGGGCCUCAUACGCAGGGGCAGGGACAGGGGCAGGUCGCGGAUGGUGGCCCUGUAAUGAGUUUGGAGCAGAGUAAAGGGGCAGAACAGGAGGUUAAUGAUACCCAUGAACGGAAGGAUAAGCAGAUAUUCGCCAAUCUAACGAUAUAUAUUAACGGCUCCACCAUGCCACUGAUAUCAGACCACAAGUUGAAAAAUACCCUUAUAGACCAUGGUGCGAAGAUAUCAAUUGGUCUUGCCAGGAGGAGUGUCACGCACGUCAUUCUCGGUUGCCCUAACGGGGAGACAGAGGGUAAUAGUACCUGUUCCAGCGCUGGUGCUGGAGGAGGUCUUGCAGCUGGGAAGAUGCGGCGUGAGAUAACCCGCGUUGGUGGUAUGGGUGUUAAGUUUGUUGGCGUUGAGUGGGUGCUAGAGAGUAUCAAGGCUGGAUGCCGGUUGCCUGAAGCGAGGUUCGCGAAUGUACAUAUUGCUUCGAAAAGGCAGAAGAGCGUGCUAGAUUUCAUGACGAAAGGGUGA